GAAGUCCCCUAACCCUUCCGCGCGCCGCCGCUAGCUCCCGUUCUGCGCCGCCGCUCGUCGUCCGUCCGCGCUAGCUGCUCCACCGCGCGCAUCACGCGACGAUGCUUGAUAUCAACCUCUUCCGCGCCGACCGUGAUGGUAAGAAAAAGGACGGCAAUCCGGACGCCGUCCGCGAGUCGCAACGCAAGCGCUUUGCUUCCGUCGAUAUUGUCGACGACAUCAUCAACCUGGACGAGCUGUGGCGCAAGAGGCAGUACGAUCUUGAUAUAAUCCGGAAGGAGCUCAACGCCACCAGCCGAGAUACGGGCAAGCUGAAGAUGAGAAAUGACGAACUAAAAGUUCAGGAGCUGAUGGAGUCCACCAAUCAGAUAAAGGAGAGGUUGGCUGCCGCAGAAGCUGAGGUGCGGGGCAUCAAGAUCAUGCUUGACACCAAGCUUAUGGCUAUUGGCAAUAUUGUGCAUGAAUCUGUGCCCAUCAGUGACAAUGAGGAAAAUAAUGUUGUUUUAAGGACAUGGGGAGAAAGGAGAAUGGAGAGCAACUUGAUGAAUCAUGUGGAUCUUUGCAGGAAGCUUGAUAUUGUCGCUUUUGAGGAAGGUGUUGAUGUGGCCGGUGGAAGGGGUUACUUUUUGAAGGGUUAUGGUGUCCUCCUGAACCAGGCAUUGAUAAAUUUUGGCCUAGCUUUCCUGCAAAAUCGUGGCUUUGACCUACUGCACACUCCCUUUUUCAUGAGAAAGGAAACAAUGAGUAAAUGUGCCCAAUUAGCCCAAUUCGACGAGGAGCUAUACAAAGUAACAGGUGAUGGGGAAGAAAAGUAUCUUAUAGCCACAUCUGAACAAUCUAUGUGUGCUUAUCAUCUAGGCCAUCGAAUUCAUCCAGAUGAAUUGCCAAUUAGAUAUGCUGGUUACUCCACCUGCUUCCGAAAAGAAGCUGGUUCACAUGGAAGGGACACUGCUGGCAUCUUCCGAGUGCAUCAGUUUGAAAAGAUUGAGCAAUUCUGUAUUACAAGCCCAAAUGGCAACGAUUCCUGGGAAAUGUUUGAAGAGAUGAUUAAAAAUUCAGAAGAUUUCUACAAGGAGAUUGGUCUGGCAUACCAGGUUGUUUCUAUAGUAUCUGGUGCUCUUAAUGAUGCUGCUUCUAAGAAGUACGAUUUAGAAGCUUGGUUCCCGGCAUCAAACACCUACAGAGAACUUGUGUCCUGUUCAAAUUGUACAGACUACCAAGCAAGAAGGCUUGGGAUUACCUAUGGCCAGAAGCUUGAUGAGAAGUCAAAUAAUAAAUUUGUUCAUAUGUUGAACUCCACUUUGACUGCCACUGAGAGGACGCUCUGCUGUAUUCUGGAGAACUACCAAAAGGAGGGGGGUGUUGAAGUGCCAAAAGUGCUGCGAGCAUACAUGGGAGGAAUUGAGUUCCUUCCUUUCAAGCAACCUAAACAAGCUGCUGGUAAAUUAAAGUCUGGAUCAAAGGUGCCUGAAGUAUAGCAUGUUUUAUCUUCAACGUUGGCUCAUGGGCACCUAUAGCCGAUUUAGCUUGAUGGAGGAAAAUGGAUGGAUACGGUACUAGAACACAUCUGACCAUUAUUAGGUGUUCGAGAUGAUUUUGUACGAAGCAGUAUAAGCAUGCAGAAUUACAGCUGAGUAUAAGUGUAAAUUACACGCACUAAGCAAUGAGCUAGGCUAGGCAGGCAUCCAGAUGAA